AUGCGUCUACAUCGCACCCUCUUGGUGGCGACACUCGUCCCGCUCGCGGUAGCCGCAGCCGCCGUGCCAUGGCAGCCCAUCGACCCAUUUUCACCGUUUCCGCCACAGUCCACACGCGAGUCUCUAGAUCUCAACGAUCCCGCGAUUGGCGUCUCGGAUCUCCUCGUCUAUAACUCGUCCUUCUCCGAGGACGCCGUAUUCAAUGCACUUGAUCUCGACAAUGGCGACGGAUCCGGCGACCCCGACCAGCCCGGAUGGGUCGACCCGCGAACGUACGGCGGCUCGAUGCUCGAUCUGGUGGGCAACGGACUGCGCGAGCCCAUCAAUGUGAUCAUCUCGGGCAAGUCGGACAAGCACGUCCUCUCCGACCUCGGCCUGAAGGACUACAUCCGCACCAUCGGCUUUUCGUUCGAGUGCCUCAACCUGCACAUGGGCAACCUGCAGCGCGCCGACCUGGGCGACGGCAAGGGCUGGGUGCCCGAGAUGUUCGAGUACCGCGAGACCGGCUUCCCCGGCGCACCGGGCCGCUGGGUCGGCGCAUGCUGGGAGAGCUUGUACGGCGGAAAUCACUUCCGCGUGUGGAAGCAGAACGGCACCAUGGCCAACACGGGCGCAUGGUUCCUCGCCGUAUCCAAGGAGAAGAAUCUCAAGUACCACCACACCAUCGACCGCGACGGCUACAACGUCGGGCGCGACCUGCUCGUCGCUGCCGCCCAGCGCGGCGGCAAGUGGAACAACGUCUAUUACAAGGCCGACGUAGAGUGGAUCGACGGCCUCCUCGACCCGGGCCGCCACGGCAUCAACCACAACAUCGGCCAGGACGGCCGCACCGCCGUGCUCACCGUCAAAAAGGUAGACGCCCUCUCCCACGGCUUCAUCUUCUGGGGCCUCGAGGCGCUCGGCAACUGGAUCGCAGAACGCAUCGCCGCCCACCUCGCCCACUUUCUCCGCCAAAUCGGUGUUCUCUAA